GUAAAUGAUUUAAAUGUAUAUGAAGUAUUUGUAAUAUAAUAUUAUUCAUUCUUUUCGUUAGAUUCAUCAAUAUCAACUAUCAACAUUAUCACAUAAUAAUGCAGGAAAAAAAUCUAAAAAAUCAAAUUUCGAAUGUCGUGUUUGUGGUGGACCAGCAUAUGGCUAUAAUUUUGAUCAAAUAACUUGUGAAUCAUGUAAAGCAUUUUUUCGUCGAAAUGCAUUCCGAGAUAUGGUAAUAAAUAUUGAAAUCAUUAAAAUAUAACUCACAAAGUUUUGAAGAUUCUAUUCUAAAUACUUGAAUGUAGAAAUAUUGAGUCUUUUCAAGGCUAAGUUAACUAAUUCUUUGAAAUAUCUCUUUUGAAAAUUGUUAUAUACAAUACAAUUAUUCGAGCAAAUAUCAGUUUUAUAGAUUCAUUGAUUUUAUAUCAAACAUAUACAUGUAACUAAGAUACAUGAGAAUCACGAGAAUUUAGUAUAUUUAUAAUAUAUGAUGUUCAGAAAGUUCUUGGUCAAUGAAAAAUUUCAAGUCAUAUCUAAGUAUUCGGUCUUGUGCAUGAUCGAAUAAUAUAAAUAUGACUUGACAUUUUGACCUUGAAUAGGUCAUCCUGUCAUGUGAUUGUCUAGAGGGUUUUUUGUUUGAAAAGUUUAAUUUGUUCUAUGAGAUAUUUAAUGAUCAAAAGAGUUGGUACUCAAAAUCUUUAAUUAUGCAAUGUCUUCAUUAGAAAUGAUGUUUCUUUUUCUAACUGAAAUUUCCAAAAUAAUUUAAUAAAGUCAGAUCAUGUCAGUCUUACUCAAUAUUCGACUAGGUAGCUUAUUUUAAGGCUUCAUAUUGAACGAAAGCAGUCAUCAAUUCGGAUUGGCAAUGUACAAGGAAAGUUCUUUUGAACUUACGAUAGUCAGUCUCAUCGAGUCUUACAUUUGGAGAAAUUAUGAAUUCGAUUGAUAUCCGACAGUUAAAUCCUUUUAAUGGCAUGAUUAAGAAGCAAAUUUCAAACAAGCAUUCGGUAGACAUUUCAACGUGUCGGUCUCAGCUUUCUUUGGACGUCGAAAAUCUAUAUUGAUGGCCACAGUUUAUUAGGUUCUAAUAUGUUAAAGAUCUCGGUAUUAAGUAGUUUUCACCAUUCAAAUCAUUAUUUCUGAGGGAAUCGAAUUAAAACGUGUUU